CGGCCGCGCAACUCUGAGUGGCAGACUGAGUUGCAGCCUCCAGGGGAAGGCAUGCCAUCUGCCAAGCAGCUAGCUUAUAUUGGCUUCAAGACCUCUGCCUCGAUGAUGCUCUUCACUGUGUAUGGGGGUUACCUCUGCAGUGUACGAGCCUACCUUUAUCUCCAGCUUCGCAGUGCCAGGCGCCAGGCCGCAGAAGAGCAGCAGAUCUCAGGAGUCCUGAGAAUUGAAACGGAAAAGACCUCCCCGCGCGUCAUCCCUGGCAAGAACUAGGCCACGAUGCCUUUCAAACCUGCUGGGCUAAAAAGCCAUGGUUUCUGUGGUACUGCUGGCUUGUGCUGUUUUGACAGUUUUGGAGGCCAUCAAAUAAAUGGAAAUGUGAGGGUGAGGUUUAUUACAGAGAUUAAAUAUUUUGCUUUGUUA